AUGGCCAGCAAAAAGGAGGCGAGAGAGAUGGUCGAGAAAAACACCAGCCGAUACGGCUAUCUCUCUGACGAUAUUCUUAGCCAACUUGAUACAGAAAGUCGUCGCAAGCUUGAACGGAACUGGGCAAUUUUGGAGUCAGUGGCAGGGCAUUCCGUCCAGACUCUUGCCAAGCACAUAUAUGGAAGUGGUGCUCGAUUUGUAUUUGAGCUGCUCCAGAACGCCGAUGACAACUCUUUCGAACAGGCUACGAGGAACGGGGAUACCCCGUCCAUAUCCUUCAAGGUUCACCCAGAUCGUAUCAUUGUUGAAUGCAACGAGGAUGGGUUCAAUGAAAGGGAUCUAGGCGCAAUUUGCUCUGUUGGGCAAAGUUCCAAAGCUGGAUCUUAUGGCUACAUCGGCGCUAAAGGCAUCGGUUUCAAGUCGGUUUUUAUUGCCGCCUGGAAGGUUUACAUACAAUCGCGACACUUCUCUUUCUACUUUCGCCAUGAGAAAGGAGAUUCAGGUCUGGGCAUGAUAAGGCCUAUUUGGAAAGAGCCAGAGGAGGAUGGUCCUCUUCCAUUCACCCGCAUGACUCUCUACAUUCACGAGAAAAGGGAGGCUGGGGAGCUUCAGCAUCUGAAGGCAAUCAUUUUCAAGCAAUUCGAGGAUUUGCAAAAGACUUGCCUGCUAUUCUUGAAGAAGAUUAAGAAUAUCAGCGUGUCAUUUUACAACGAUGAUGGCAGUCUUAAAGACUCCAAGAGCUUCAAGGCCGCGGAUGCUGGUACAAACAGAGUUUCUCUGGAGACUAUAUCUAUAACCCAGGGGCAACAGAUGAGAGAGCUGCGAUAUUAUCAUAUCACGAAGCAUACAGCAACAAACAUUGCCAGAAGCGACAACCGAGAUCCUCCCAAUACGGAGGAGGCCCGACGAAUAUCCGCCACUGCUGAGGUCGUCCUGGCAUUUCCGCUCACCGACAAAUCUGAACCGUUACUAGAGAAGCAAGAGCUAUUUGCCUUUCUUCCCAUUAGGGAGUCUGAAUACAAGUUCAUCAUUCAGUCCGAUUUCGAUACCAGCGCCAAUCGUCAGGACAUUCUCACAUCAUCGAGGAGGAACUUGAGCCUCCAAGAUGGAAUUGCUUCUGCUUUUGUGAAAGCCAUUCUACAGUUCUUCCACGACCCCACUUUAUGCUAUCAAUGGCCGCGAUUUCUACCAUCAACGGAAAAUAGCAGUAAUAGCUUUUGGUCAAGUCUCAACGAGAAGAUCAAACAUCGGAUCUUAAACACCCCUGUCAUGCGGUCACGACAUCAAAUGCAGGGUCGUCUCAUAACUAAGGUUUAUAAACUUCGUAGUAAGUUUAGCGACGUAAAUGGCGACUGUUUGUACGACGAUAGCACUGAGGAUCCAUAUAUAUCAAAAAUGUACAAACAGAACGAUAUAUCAAUACUCUGUAAAUACGGAUUGAGUGUGGAUAACAUUACAAUGGCUCUCAGGUUGCUCAAGUGCGAUCUCUAUUCAUCAAACUCCAGAAUGAAAGAUUUUUCUAGGAGCCAGUUGUGGCAUUCAAGUGCUGCCAUUCCACUGGCAAACUGGGCCAAAGACCAGAAUUCAGACCAGAACUCCAAGAGGAUUGCUGAAAUGAUAAGAGCACUACCUCUUAUUCCAUUGCAGGAUGGCGACUGGAUUUCUAUUAUUUUCGGCCCGGUGUAUUUACCUACAACUCAGUCCAUUCCAAUACCGCUGGAUUUGGGCCUCUGGCUACUUGAUCCAAGAGCUCUUGUUAACCCGGACCGCGAGAAGCUUUUCAAGCACAUUGGCGUUGUUGAGGCACAAGUUGACCAGAUUAAAAACUCGAUUCAAGAGUUCUAUAACAAACCGGGACAAACGAUCACGCUGGAAGGGUCUAUCUCCCACCUCCACUACUUGUACCUCACCCAUAAUCAUGGCAACAGGCGCUUAAAAGUUGACAACCUUCUCAUUUAUGUAGAAGGCAGACAGCUCAAAGACCCAAGGAGAGAGUAUGUUUAUAUUGCAAAUGACCAUCCUUGCGGACCGAAGUUGCUAUUGGAGCCAACAGAAACUGCGCCGGGCUACGCCGUUGAUUAUCUACAUUCUUCUUAUCUCGGAAACCCCCCAGCGAAUGAGUUAAGUCUGUUUUCGUGGGAAGAUUGGCUAUAUACCUUCGUAAAUAUCUCAAAGCGUCUGCCAGUUACUGUCCCUCGAUUGGACAAACUGUCUAGUCCGUUCGAGUAUAUUGCUAGGUAUCGCCCAGACAAAUUCCUUGAUGCUCUAGAGUUUCUUUGGAAGAAUGAAAGUUCCAAAGUGAAAGGAAACAAAAAAAUUCAAGAACUAAUCCAGGGCCUGUGGACCUACGAACAUUGCGAGGCUGGGCCAAGUUCACGUCCUCUCCGAGUGAUUGUUCAGCCCUGGCUUCCAGUCCCAUAUCUGAAGAAGUAUGUCGCCAAGUAUACUGAUGGUAGAGUAUUUUUCCCGUUUCUUCGGAUCGACGGCUUUGAGACCAAGGACGUUGAAGGAAAGUGGGCGUUUCUCCACAGAGACUUCAACGUUGGUAAAAACGAUGACCUCAAGUUCUACCUUGAGGUCUUGUUUCGCUUGGCAAGACUAGAAAGUUCAACAGAGAUGGUCGGCGGUAUAUUUGAAAUUUAUCAGACAAUUGAAGCGAAAAUUACGAUUGCGGACAACCGAGCAAUGGCAUUAGCAGAAGUGAGGAGUUUCAUGUUCAACAAAUCUCUCAUACUAUCACCAAAUUAUCACACUGCAUCUGGUGAAUUUGUCGAUGGGGAAUUUGUGGGUGAUGGCGACGACAUCCGGUGGGAAGGCCCCGCAGACAUGGAGUACAUGUACGCUGUCGCCCAGCGGUAUAGGCAAUUCCUAGAUGUUGGUCAGAUGCAAAAACUGACUAUGUUUUUCCACGAUACUCUGGGUAUUCAAGACGUCACAUGGGAGGACAUUGUCAAGGAGCUUGAAUGGGUAAGAGAUAUAAGUAUACGUGACAACGGUGGGGAGCAGGUCGAAGGGCUCUAUCAAUUCCUGGCCCGUUCUAAUGCACCAAAGGCCGAAAUGAAGAGGAUUUUUAUCGAGAAUCGACUUAUCUAUGUCACCAGACACGGAGUUGCUGAUUGGUACAGGUCGUCUGACUGUUUGUGGUCAAGCACAUCGGAGAUACGUGGAAAGGUCACACUAAAUGACGACUACGACAGCCUGGAGACGUUUUUCACGGGGACUUUGGGUGUCCAAUCUCUCACACUUCAGAUGAUAUACGAUGAGCUUCGGCAUGCCGACGGCCAGAAAUCCAUCGAUGACAUCAAAAACGGCAUUUGGUCACUCAAUGCGCUCCUACAGACCGACCGAACGCACAUUGACCCAAUUCCGUUACUGAGGGAGAACAUUUUCCCCGUCAAAUACCCUGAUGGGAGCUCAGCUCUAGGGAACAUCGACACAGUAUUUGCUGUUGGUGAUGAUCGGCAGCUCUGUUCUCGCUUAGAAAUUUAUAUCAACCUGCUUGAUUACGGCUUUGAAGAGGUUCGACGACUCAAGCCCUUUAUUUCCUGGGCGAAAUUAGACGAAAGGUAUCUUUCUCAAUCUGUCAGGGAGUUUACGAGAGUUUCUUCCUCGGCAAGGAGGCGACCUAUCACGGAAGACAAGUAUGAUAUUAGUCGCAAAGCGUACGCGAUUCUCCGUAUCGCCAAAACUUUUCAGAGUCCCAAGUAUGACAAAGAUGACCCCGAGUCUCUCUAUAAAGUCCUCCGCGAGGCCGAGGUCAUCGAAUCUGACGCUAUCUCUUCUGUUAUCUCAAUAUCUCAAGGUGGAAAAUCGAUUGACCUUGAGGAGACUGCAGGAUUGGGGCAUAUUGAUGAUUCACAGAAGAAACUCAAAAUUUAUGUACCGCUAAACAGGAAGCAGCGAAACCUCUCCUACAGUUCCGUCCUACCGAACAAGUUGGCUGGUUGGCUCAUGAGGGAGUGGGAUUCAAACAUAUCGGACAGGGAAGACAAAGAUGGGAUCCACAUUCUCAGAACGAUCUUAUCCUGCGAUUUGGCUAUUGUUGACGACAUCCUAAAUCAUAAUAGCGUCUUUGAGGUGGGGAUAGAUAACCGAGACCCUCAAUAUGACCAAGAAAGCGACAGCGACGACAACGCUCUCGAUGAAGAGGAUUCGGAACCCUCUUCAAUUCAAUUGACACCGUCGAGAUCCUCCAGGACAGACACGACUGACUUAUAUGGCGCAACUCCCGUCAGAGAGGGUGCUCUCUCUCCUAGGGCUCACCUCCGUGGCCCUUCCGAGCCUCAAACAACAAGUGAUGGUGAUAAUCAGAUUACUGUCGGGAGCAUCCAGGCAAUUUUCCGUGAACAAGCCCAGAAUUCGCGUGCGCUCGUUUGGAACCAGGACCAACCAAGUCCGCAAGGGGCGUCACAGGUCCGAGACGUUGGAUACUUGAGGCUGCUUAAUCGUGUCAUAGCAGCGUCUCGAAGUGCUGUUUUCCCCUCUGUUGGAGCCUUUGACAUGACGGGGCUGAUUAAUGAGCUGCCUAAUGUUGGAAACAUAUACGAAUCAUUUGAUGGCUUGGACGUGGCUACAAGAUUCCGGUCGACCAGCCAACUUGAGAGAGACAAGAUGGUCGGAGCCGCCGGAGAGCUCUACGUGUUUGAACUGCUCUCCGCUCUUCAGCUCCCGGGGUGGAGUCGUGGCAACUGGCAGAGUACCAUCCGAAAGUAUGUCACUGAGCAUCCAGACUACCGUGAUAUGGAACCAUGGUAUCAGCGAGAAACGGCCGAUAUUGUAUACCCGGACGUGCAAGGAGAGUUCACUACCCUAUUAAUUGACAACGGUUAUCUUGGGGAGGCAUGGCGAGCCGCUCGUCCCAAGUACCUCCUUGAGGUCAAGACUAGCACCGGGCCGCUUGCCACUCCUUUUUACAUGAGUAAGAACCAAUACCGACUUAUGCAAAAUACUCAUAGCAUCGGAGAUCGUUCUAAGGUUUACAUGAUUCUCCGUGUCUUCUGGCUUGAUAGCAAUAACAUUGGGAUGAGAGUGUACCUGGACCCUGAACAGAUGAGACAAGAAGGGGGCUUGAUUUUCACUGGGGAAACUUGGUCCAUUAUUCCAGGCGUUCGUGAUGGCAAUUGA